AUGGCAGACUUCAAAUUCAGAGGAGACCACGCAGCCAACAAGAAGUUGGUCUGCUCGAUUUCCCGCCUGCUUAAUGCCCAUGGAAUUCCAAAUCUCCUCUGGGGUGAUCUCGUCUUCAAUCUCUACGGAGUGCCUCUCCACGUCUCAGACUUCAGUUUCGUCAUCCCCGACACCGUAAUCGAUGAAGCGCGCAAUGUCCUAGAAACAGCCAAGUUCCCUCUCUGCCAUCUAGGCGAGAUAUGCCCCGCCAUCCAGCCAAACUGCCCCGCUCCACCCCCGUACGCCCACUUCAACAUCAAGCAAAAAGGCGACCCAAGAAAGUGGUUCAGAAUAGAACUCCACCGAAAGUCCGAUCUGCUCUGGACGGCCCCAGAAAUCCCGGCUGGCAAGCCCGACGCUAACGAUCCGCACUACAUGCUUGCCAACGAUGCCAGGCUGCCAGAGCCAUCGCCGCGGGAGCGUCUCGGCCGGAUGGACCCUACCGACUACGCUGUCAAGAUACCGACGCCGAACCAGUACGCGGAGGCGCUGGCGAUGCUGUACUACCGCGAUGGACUUCCUGGGCCGACCAUCCGAGGAGAGUACUGGUUGGAUCUGCAGAGUGAGCUGGUCCAGACGGAGCUGGUCCAGACGGAGCUGGUACAGCUGGAUGAGCUCCCUCCGUGCAUUAAGCGGCACUAUGAUCUAGUGGGUAAGGCGGAUAUGAAGGAGGUGCACGAGUACAGCGAGGAAGUGAUGGGGCAGAUGAGGGAGGAAUUCGAGAUUCCUGUCCAUCUGCCGUCGCUUAAUGCGGAUGAGCUUGAGCCGGCGGCGGUGGUGGACGAGUUUCUUUGA